GUGAAGCCCAGUGUGUGUCAUUUGUGCCUUCAGAGGUCAGGUGGUCCACAAUGCGACGGGCUCCUUUGUUUAUCACUGUCUUAUUAACUGUAGCGUUGGCUUAUUACGUCUACACACCUUUACCUGAGGCCUUACAGGGGAAAUGGAAACUUAUGUUGAUGGAUGCAGCAUUUCGGACUGUAAUAAAGUUUGCCGUGCUGAAGCAGUGGCUCGGCUACGGCCACUACAUCCACACCAUCCGAGAGAUCGCAGAGUCCAUGGAGGUUGAAGUCGGCCCAGAUUUCCUCCCUGGAGUUAAAAUGACAGAGGAGACUUUUGGUGGUGUCCCGGUCCGAGUGUAUGAAGCGUCUGGGAGAGAGGGAAGACUGAGGAGAGGGCUUGUGUAUUUCCAUGGAGGAGGAUGGGCCCUCGGCAGUGCGAAGAGCGCAACCUACGACAAACUGAGCCGAGUCCUGUCUCACGAGCUCGAUGCAGUAGUGGUCUCUGUGGAAUACAGUCUUUUCCCCGAAGUGCAGUUCCCGGUGCCGUACUUGGACUGCCUGGCUGCAUCGAAGCACUUCCUGUCUGCGGAGGUUUUGUCCAAAUAUUCAGUGGAUCCGGGGCGAGUGGGCGUGUCUGGGGACAGCGCCGGGGGCAACCUGGCCGCAGCGGUGUCUCAGGAGAUCGCCCAAGACCCCAACAUGAGCAUCAAAUUCAGUGUCCAGGCUUUAAUUUACCCUGCGCUUCAGGCUCUGGACUUCAACACUCCGUCUGAUAUCCAAAACCACGACGGUCCCAUAUUGUCUCGGGACAGUCUGGUCAUAUUCUGGAUGCAGUAUUUAGGUAUAGAUCUGUCUUUACUGGAAAAAAUCAAGUUAAACCAGCACAUGUCCCUGCAGCAGACUCUUCUCACCCCUGAGUUACGAGCUCGAUUUGACUGGAGGAAACUGCUCUCUCCAAAAGAACGACAGAACUAUCGACCAAUGGUGCCAGAGAAAGGGUUGGACGGUAUUACAAAAAAGGUCCCCGCGCUUCUGGACGUUCGCGCUUCUCCGCUUUUGGCCGACUCUGAGGUGUUAUCCAAAUGUCCCAAGGCUUACGUUGUGACUUGCGAGUUUGACGUGUUGAGAGACGACGGUUUAAUGUACGUGAGGCGCUUACGGGACGCCGGCGUGGAGGUCACCAGCGUUCUCUACGAAAUCGGGUUUCACGGCUGCGUCGGUUUCAUGGUGGAAAUGGAACUGGUAAAAAGAGCACAGACGGAUUACGUAAACUGGCUACGGGAAAAUCUGUAGUACAGUAGUCCCUUGGGUUACGUUCUAAAAAUAAUCCGCAAAAUUGUCAGCUUUAUUCUAUUAUUCUCUUUUUGUCUGUAAAACCCCUCACCACACACUUUAUACACAUUUCUCACACAGGCAUUAACAUUUUCUCACAUUUCUCUCUCGUUUAAACUCUCUCAAAGUUCAAACCUUCGUCGGUGCAUUACGUUUCAUCGACAUUGUGGGUUUUAUCAGGGAAAAACUUGCAAAAUAACCCGCAACAAGAGAAAUCCACGAAGUAGUCAGCUUUAUUUUUUAUAAUUAUUACCGUAUUUUCCGGAGUAUAAGUCGCACCGGACAAAAAAAUGAAGAAAAAACAUAUUUCACAAUCACAUCUGAGUAUCCUCGGCCAAACUAUGAAAAAAAAGUAUGAGUUAUAGUUCGGAAAUAUGCUAUAUAUGUUUUUAGCUGUAAAACCCCUCACCACACACUUUAUACACUUUUCUCACACAGGCAGUAACAUUUUCUCAUAUUUCUCUCUUGUUUAAACUCUCUCAAAGUUCAAACCUUCUUAGGCGCCUUUGUCGGUGAUGAAAAUGUGGGUUUAAAAUCAAUCAAUCACUCAAACAAGAAUGACAUUACCAAAUAAAUAUUCUUUAAUGUAAACAACAAACACUUAAAAUUAAGGCAAAAUAAAAAAUGUUUUCUAUUUUUUUUAGCUGCUCUUCUCAGUAAAAACCUUCCUUCCCAAAACGCACCGAAUAUGAUUUUUAAAUAACAUCAAAUACACAUUUUACACAUAACUGAACAGAUGUGAGAGCUGCAAAAAGGAGCAUGCACGAGUUAAAAUGUCAUGAAUUCAGAAUAUGUGGUUUGGGAGGUUUAGCAAAAUGUGAUAAAGUUGUAUCGUGUUAUCAUUUGUUCUAGAUUAUUUGAGUUUUCCAAGAUAUCGGUAAGUUUGUUACAACUUAAACAUAUUUCAGUCAAAAAACGUUUGCCAUGACAAAUAGAAAGGAGAAAUUGAGAGAAUUAACCUAAUAUUUUACACCAACAACAUAAAAAUAAAACUCAUUUAUACCAACUCGCUUAGUCAUUCAGAAUUCUAGUCAUUUUAACUGUACAUUUUCAUGACACUGUACAACUGUAGCCUCAUGGAACCAGCAAAUACGUCUUUCUAAAUGUGAAUAAAACAAAUACGCUACA